AUGGCUUCUUCGAAGAAAUGGGCAAGCAUCAUAUCUUCCAUUGCUUCAUGUGUAUAUUUCCUUGUCAUUAUCCUUCAAGUUCCUCUUUUCAGGGUCCCCUGCACAGCUGGAAUAUGCAGAACACCAAUAGAGGUAACAUCCUCACAGUUAAUUGCAUGUGAACUUUUCCCUUUAGUUGUAGUGAAAGCCUUACUUUACCCUGGGGCCUUUGCAAAUGCAUUGAUAAAAAACAGACCAAUCCCAAGCUAUGAUAGCUUGAAAUUGUAUAACUUCACCAAUGUGAAGGCAGCUGAUGCAAUCUCUGAGCUCCAGCGCCUAGAGGUUCUUGCUGGAAGCUACUUAUCAGUGGCAGGAGCACUUCUAGGUCUCAUUAAACCGGGGAGAAUGAGCCUUUGCGGUAUGCUUCUGAUCAUAUGGGGCUUAGUUAGGGAGAUCAUUUUGAGAAAAUCAACUAGCACAACUCAUGUGUAUAUCUACCCUGCAAUGUCAAUUGCCCUGUUUUCUGCCUUCUUGUCUAUAACAAAGGAUGUAAGGAGGAUAAUUCGUAGUUGCAGACGUCCGCGGAAUGUAAAAGCAAAACUGUUUUAA